CCUCCUUGCAUACAAGAGGAUGCACACGGGAGAAAAACCACACAAAUGCUCGCUUUGUGGGAAAGGGUUCAAUCUUUUUGCCCACUGGAGGACCCACAUGGGCGAUAAGACCCAUGCCUGCUUGUUUUGUGGGGAAAGUUUCAGCAGACAGUCCAACCUCAGUAGACAUCCGAGGAGCCACACCGGAGAGAAACCGUACAGCUGUUUGGUGUGCGGUCGGAGCUUUAGUCACAAAGCACACAUGAUCAGACACUGGAAGAUCCAUACUGAAGAGAAUCCCUAUAAAUGCUCCCACUGUGAGAAGAACUUCAAUCAAAGCACCAGACUUGCUACCCACGAGAGAAUCCACACAGGCGAGAAACCCUACGAGUGCCCGGUUUGUGGGAAGGGCUUUAAUCACAAAUCGGAUUAUAUAAUGCAUGAGAGAAGCCACACUGGAGACAAGACCUAUGCUUGUUCCAUCUGCGGCAAAAGCUUCAGCGGGAGGUCCAACCUUUCUAGACAUGAAAGAAGUCACACAGGAGAGAAGCCCCAUCUCUGCUCCAUUUGUGGGAAGGGCUUCUGCCAUAAAACACACCUGCUUCAACAUGAGAAAAUCCAUACAGGAGAUAAAACCAUACAAGUGCUCGGAUUUUGGGGAAAGUUUCAAGCACCGGACAGACCUCAUUGGCCACACGAGGUGCCAUUCAGGGGCUAAACAGCAUACCUGCGCACCUGCGGGCAAAACUUCAGCAGGAAAUCAAACCUGGACAGACACAAAAGAACCCACACAGGUGAGAAACCCCAUACGUGCUUGGUCUGCGGCAGAAGUUUCAGCCAUAAAGCACAUUUGAUUCGACACGAGAGAAUCCAUACAGGGGAGAAGCCCUAUCGAUGUUCUCACUGCCGGAACAGGUUCAAUCAGAGCUCAACCCUCAUUGCUCAUGAGAGAACUCACAGAGGAGAGAAGCUGGAUGAAUGAUACCCGUGUUUGUGCAUGAAACUCCAGUUUGGGACUGUCGAAACUCACUGUGAAUUGACAUUGUGUGUAUAAUGCUUUUGAAACCCCAUAUAUUGCCCGAGACUGCCUUUUAGGAAAAGAAGUGCAACUUUUAAAAAAAUGUAAAUAAAUGUUAGUAGGAAGUUAUAUUAGAAAAAUGACUAGAAAACAUGUGUCAUUCUUGCUUAAAAGAUAAUAAUUUAAAGAUGAACAGAAUGAAGAGUAGUACAUAUUCUGCAUCUUGAAAACUAGAGCUGAUAAGGGACCAUUUUUGGAACCAGCAGUUCGAGUAUACCCAGAAACAGAUCUAAUAUUUGAGGCACCAAAUUGUGUGUUGGCUAAUGUAAUUCUACAGUGUAGGUAUAUACCCAAAGUCAGUGGUUUCCAUACUUUUGUCCACCAGUUGUUUUGGACAUAACUCCCAAAAGCCCCAGCCAGCUUGCCUACAGUUAGGAAUUUUGAGAGCUGAAGUCCAAAACAUCUGGAAGACAAAGUUUCGGAAUCACAUAGACUUAUGUCAUAGCUGAUUUGGGCAAUAUCUGCUGUCCUAUUAUCUGACAAAAUGUCUCUAGGUUAAGAGCAGGUGAAAGAAGAUUCAAGACCCUUAGUUCAGCCAUAACCGUGUUUAUCCCUCAAAGACUUUACCUCUCCUCAUAAAGACUUUGCAAUGAGAAUCAGGAGGAGAGAAAAUCUAAAAUUCUUGUCAGUCAAUAAAUUCUUGUUUGAUUCAACUAUAUAGUCUCUAAUCUGUCCCCUGCACAGCCAGUUCACCUUCCAAAUAAUUAAGAUAGCGUGGGGGCAGAAUAGGGUGAUUGUUGUUGUUAUUAGAAUCUUCUACUUUUCUAUUAUUCAGCCAUGUGCUUAGCCUUUUCUUCUAAUUCUAUUUUUAAUAGUCACAUUAAGGUUUUAGAAGUUUUAAUUAAAUUGCUUUAGAAAUAUAUAGUUGAAAAAUGGCAAUCUAUUUGUAAAUUUGUAAAUUAAAUUGGAAAUCUGUUUGGGGCCGGGCUGUGGCGCAGGCUGGUAAACAGUUGCUGCAAUAUAUCACUCUGACCGUGAGGUCAUGAGUUCAAGGCCAGCCCGUGGCGGGGUGAGCACCCAUCAAUUAAAAAUAAAAUAUAGCCCCUGCUCGUUGCUGACCUAGCAACCCGAAAGAUAGUUACAUCUAUCAAGUAGGAAAUAAGGUACCACUUAUAAAAGUGGGGAGGCAAGUUUAAUUAAUUUACAACAUUGGAAUAAGGAAGUGAGGAAAUGCCAUCAGAGUGGAUGAUGAAGCAGCUGCUCCCCCCUGUGGCCAGUUAAAUUGCCUCUGCGUCUGUCUGUCUGUUGUCUCUGUCUCGGUUCGAUGUGUUUAUAGGCAUUGAAUGUUUGCCCUAUAUGUACAUAAUGUGAUCUGCCCUGAGUCCCCUUCGGUGUGAGAAGGGCGGAAUAUAAAUACUGUAAAUAAUAAUAAUAAUAAUAAUAAUAAUAAUAAUAAUAAUAAUAAUAAUAACAACUUCCCAUUUCACAGUUCCACCAAAGGUGGUUCCUUAGGUUAAACACCAACCCUGCAGAACACUGGCCAACAUAUAUUUUGGAGCCUCAAACCUUAGCCUUGCUUCUGGGUAUAUUUGACCUGCUGAUUCCAAAAAUGGCACCAGUCUUCCCCUAUCCGCUCUAGUUUUUGAAAUAGAGAACACUUCCAAUACCAGUUGCCAUCUCCUUGCCCAUAGAAAACCAUGACUUAAGAAACUAGAGCUGGUCUAGCCAAUACAGUUUUCUGAAUCAGUGCCCCAAAUAACCCCAGGAAGAGGCAUUAAAACCAAGACACCAAGAUUUCUCUCUCUCUUGGGCUCUGUUAUCCAUCUCGGAACAAAAUAAAUUUAAAGGGAAAUUGGAAAAAUAAAUGUCAAUAUUGGUAUAUAUCCACUAAAUCCAAGUCCACUGAUAGUGGGUUGAACACGGACACUAAACAUAUUACUACUAACAUUGCCUGGGCUUGGCCCCAUGUAAGCCGCCCCGAGUCCCUUUGGGGAGAUGGGGCGAGAUAUAAAAAUAUUAUUAUUAUUAUUAUUAUUAUUAUUAUUAUUAUUAUUAUUAUUAUUAUUAUUAUUAUUAUUAUUGCCCAUGUCUAUAGUUCCCAGUGAAGGUUGAGUAUCUCUUAUCCGAAAUGUUUGGGACCAGAAGUGUUUUGAAGUUUUUUUCCCUAGUUUUUGGAACACUUGUCUUUGCUAAUACCUACAUACAGAGAUAUUUUGGAGCUGGGCCCUUUUAUGUUUUAUAUACAUGUCAUUGUAUGCAUAGCCUAAAGGUCAUGGUAUGCACAAUAUUUUUAAUGCUGUAAUUUUGUACAUGAGACAAAGUGUGUCAGUCACCCAUGAGACAAUUUUAAGUUUUGGAGAAUUUUGAAAGUCCAGAUAAAGGUGAUUAUCCUGUAACAUACAACAUUCCAAAAAUUAUUCAUAUGGUUAUCUAUUCAUCUUGGGUUUAAGUAGUAUCCUUUCUUAUAUCUUUGUUCCUUGGUAAUACUGAACUUGUCACUCCAUAACCUAUACUUUAAGAUUUUGCGUUUUUGUUACUCACACAUGGUGUUUGUUUAUUCAUGGAUAUAGAUGUCUGUCCAUAAGCACUUGGUUUAUUGCAGAAAAACACCCAAGCCCUUUCUACACUGCCAUACAAAAUCCGGACUAUCUGCUUUGUACUGAAUUAUAUGGCAGUGUAGACGGGGCCCUAGAUGACCAACUGCAUAGGAUUAGGUUCAGGUUACUCUUAGGCCUUAACAGAGGUUAGUUGGGCUGAAACCAGCCACCUAGGGCUGCUUUGCAAGUCUCAAAACUUAUACAGGAAAUUGUUUGGUCUUAAUGAGCGUUCAAAGCAAUACAAACUGCAGAGGAGCAUGAACUGAUUGAAAAGUUGGCAGCCCCAUAUCUUUAAGUCUGGCUGAUGGGAAGGAACCAGCUAGCUGGGGCUGCUUGUCAGGCUCUGGAACUUAUACAGGAACUCAUUUGCUCUUCGCUGUUCAUUCAAAGCAAAGUGAAAUGCAAAGGAGCAAGAGCUGAUUGGCGAGUUGGCAAUCCCAUAGUUCUGAGAAUGAUUUUGAUGGGCAGAAAUCAACCAGCAGGGGCUACUUUUCAAGUGUCAGGAAUGAUAUAGGAACCCAUUUGCUCCUAGAUGCACAUUCAAAACAAUAAAAAUGCAGAGGAACAGGAGCCGAUUGGAAAGUUGGCAACUCCUGAGUCUUAAGGCUGAAUUUUGCUGGGUAGAAACCAGCUGACUGGAAUUGCUUUUCAGGCCCUGGGGCUUAUAUAGAGUCAGCGUUGGAAGAGACCAUAAGGGCAGUCCAAUUCAAUCCUCUGCCAUGCAGGAAAACACAAAGCAGCCCUGACAGAUGGCCAUCCAGCCUGUUUAAAACCCUCAAGAGGAGACUCCGCCACACUCCAAGGCACUGUAGUCCACUAUCAACCAGCUCAUACUAUCAAGAUGGAAUUUCUAUUCGUGCAAUUUAAACUUGUGCUAGUCUCCAAAAUAAGCUUGUCACCUUCUCAAUGUGACAUCCUUUCAAAAUAUUUAAACAUGGCAGACCUAAUGCAGUUUGAUACCAGUUUUAACUGCAGUGGCUCAAUGCUAUGGGAUCAUUGGUUGCAUCUAUGUUGUUUUGAGUGCUGGUGCCUCACCAAACUAUAUCUCCCAGGAUUCUGUAGCACUGAGCCAUGACAGUUAAAGGUAGUUCCAAACUGGAUUAAUUCGACAGUGUAGAUGCACCCUUAGUCCAAGGCUCAAAUCACUUACACCACUGCUUACGAAGCCAUGCAGACAAUAAAUCCAGGUCAAAUUUACAACAUAAUAUAAAGUAAUGGGAAAUAAGCUGAUGUAUACAUGUAAUAUUUUAAAAACUCGUGGAAUUAAAAUCCUGAAAAGCUUUGCAAGGCUAGAAGAAUUUCCCUGCUGGAACUUGGGAGAUGGGAAAGUUAUUCUCCCUGGUGAUUGACAGGUACCGUAGGACUCUCUCCUCUGAAACCCCCUCCUCUCCUCAAACCUGGAUUGUCUAGGAAGUGGCUCUUGCUGGCCACCAAAUCCCACCCACCUCCCCUCCCAAAAUAACAAGGGAGGAGAUUGAGAAAAAGGGAGCAACUCUUCCAGGAAGCUGCUUGAAUUGUAGCCCAGCCUUGGAGACGUUUUGCAAGCAGGUCAAAAUUUUCCGGCAAGAUAAAAAUAGAGGCACAGAACACAGCCCAGCAAGUUCUGGGGGAGAAAAUGGAAGAACAGAGACGAGACCGCAAAGUGGAGCCACUUGUGAGAUUUCUUCCUGGCGUUGAUCCAUCCCAAAUAAAACAGGAGGCAGAUGAGGAACUGCACCAGGAUGCUCACUGCCAGGAUUUUCAGGCCACAAGUGGUUCAGAUAUAAACAAAUCCCAGCUGCCUGGAUAUGAAAAUGAGGAUAAUAGAACAUUUUUCUCAGCACUAUUGAAGGAUGUGGCUACCAAUGCCAACCACAGACAUGAUUCCAGGGGACCAUCAAAGUCCCAGAUACUCCUGGGAAAAGUCCAGAAGGCCUCUGCAAAGCUGAGUUCUUCUAGGAAAGAGAGAGAAGCAGUCGAAAAUAAAGACAGAAAUGGCUUGGAGAAGCUGAGCCAGCGUUUCAGGACGUUUGGCUAUGAGGAGGCCAUUGGGCCGCGGGGGGUAUUUGGGCACCUCCAAGACCUUUGCCAUCAAUGGCUGAAGCCGGAGAGUCACACGAAGGAGGAGGUUUUGGAGCUGGUGGUUCUGGAGCAGUUUAUGGCGAUCCUUCCAGUGGGAAUGCAGAACUGGGUGAGGGAGGACGAGCCGAGGACUUGUGCCGAAGCUGUGGCCCUAGCAGAAGACUUCUUGCUUUGGAAAGAGGAGGUGGAAAUACGGGAACAACAGAGGGCAGAGCUGUUCCAGAGUGAAGACUUUCCCCCCAAAACGGAGCCCUUCCUGGAGACAGAGCCAAAAGGUGUUGGGAAGAUCCAUAUCCAAGGUGGUGACCAAGUGAUUGAGAAUGAAAACAAGCCUUCCAAGCCAGAUGCUUUUAAGCAGAUGGAACUUGCUCAGGUUUCUUUUGAUGAAACCAACUGGGAUAUUUUCACUUUUCCUCAAAUGGCAAACAUACCAAAAAGUCAGCAAGAGACGCAGAGGACCAAAGGGAGUGUCCCAGACGAAGGAGAAGGAGAAAUACAUUCUUGGGAAAAUGAUGGUGAUACAAUUUUACACAAAAACACCUUCCAAGACACAUCACAUAGAGAUAAUAUUAGGAACAGCACUGACUGUGUGAAAAGCUUGAUACAAACCCACAACCUUCUUAAGUGUCAGAAAACAGAAAAUGAAAACAAGCCACACCAGUAUAAGGAUGUCAGGGAUAACAUCACAAUAGGAGAGGUGCCAUAUAUGGAUUUUGGGACCAGUUUGGAUCCAAAAAGUCAACUAAAUAAUCCGCUUACAUUUCCAACAGGAGAGAAACCAUAUACGAGUUUGGAUCCAAAAACUCAACCAAAUAAUCCGAUUACAUUUCCAACAGGAGAGAAACCAUAUACAUGUUCUGACUGUGGUCACCUUUUCAGCCAGAGUAGAAAUCUUACUGGAGACAGCCUUUAUAUCUGUCCCAACUGUGGCAAAAGUUUUAUUUCUAGUUCUGUGCUUGGAAGUCCAAAAAUGGAGCACAAAAAAGAGAAACCAUCUACCCAUGCUGAGAGUGAAAAAGGAUCCUCUGAUAUUCAAACGGGAGAGAAACCGUAUAUGUGCACAGACUGUGGCAAAACCUUCAGCUUUAGGUCGAGCCUUGUUCGCCACCAGCGACUUCACACUGGAGAAAAGCCUUAUAAAUGUCUGGAUUGCGGGAAGCAUUUCAGCCAGAGUUCAAACCUUCUGAAUCACCAGAGAAUCCACACUGGAGAGAAACCCUACAGCUGCGUGGAUUGCGGCAAAUCCUUUAGCAAUAGCUCGAGUCUCACGUCUCACGAGAGAACCCACAGAGGGGAAAAGCCCUAUAAGUGCUCCAGCUGUGGCAAGAACUUUAGUUGCCAUUCGGUGCUUCGGAUCCACAAGCGGAUUCACACUGGCGAGAAGCCCUACGAAUGCCUGGACUGUGGUAAAAGCUUCAGCCGGAGAGAAUUCCUCAUCGGCCACCAGAGAACUCAUACGGGGGAGAAGCCUUAUGAAUGUUUAGAGUGUGGGAAAAGCUUCAGCCAGCGGUCGAACCUUAUUAAUCAUCAGAGAAGCCACACGGGAGAGAAACCCUUCGAGUGUUUACAUUGUGGGAAACGGUUCAGCCAUAAGGCGUCCCUUUUUAAACACGAGAGGACCCACGGUCAGAGCCCAACGGUGGGAAAGGAUUCAGCCAGAGUUCAAACAGCUCUGAAUGUGGUAGAACACGCAUAAGAAAUGAAACCAAGGUGUAUCUACAUUGGAGAAUGAUUGCUGUUUGAUACCACUUUAACACCAUAGCCGAAUUCUAUGGGAUUCUGUGGUUUUUAGUUUUACUUUCUCUUUAGCCUUCUCUGCCAAAGAAUGCUAGUGUCUCACUAAACGACAACUCCUAGGUUUCCAUAACAAGGAGUUAUGGCAGUUAAAGUAGUGCUGAACUGCAUUCAUUCUCCAGUGUAGAUGCACCCCAUAUCUCAUAGGGUCAUCAGAGGAUGUUUUCCCAUCGUGUAGAAGAAUCCACCCAAGACUAAAACUUGCUUCCAUUGAGAGUCUUGUAAUUUUGGGGUUGUGUGUUUUCCAGGCUGUAUGCCUAUGUUACAGAAGUAUUCUCUCCUGACGUUUCGCCCACAUCUAUGGCAGGCAUCCUCAGAGGUUGUGAGGCAUGUACCUUCCAUCCUCUGAGGAUGCCUGCCAUAGAUGUGGGUGAAACAUCAGGAGAGAAUACUUCUGGAACAUGGCCAUACAGCCAGGAAAAACACACAACAACCCUGUGAUUCUGGCCAUGAAAGCCUUUGACAACAUUAUUGCAAUUUUGUUCAGAGAACCAGCAUGGCAGGGUGGUUUGAGCCUUGUACCACAAAUCGAGUCCAGGCUUCAAUUCACCGCUCAGCUAUGGAAAUCUGUUGGGUAACCUGUUUAGGUGGGAUAGCUGCAUGAUUUAUAGUUUCCCAAUCAUGCCUUCCCAGGAAAUUCUGGACACUGGACUGAAUGUCUCAGAGGAAAACAUUUAUUUAUUGUGUCAGAAGCAAAUUGAGAAUACAGGUAUAAUGUAUUUAAAAAUCCACUAGAGAAGCCUCCCCGCAGGAUAGGAACACAUCCGGACGUCCCCUGGGCAACGUCUUUGUAGACAGCUGAUUCUCUCACACCAGAAGCAACUUGCAGUAUUCAAAGGCAAGUAGAAACAAAUACAACAGAGUACUUAUCUGCAGAGUAUAACUGCAGCUUGUUCUGCUCACUGUUUAGAAAAACUCAUUGAUUUAGUCUUAAUCCAAACUCAGGAGGCUUUUCAUUUUGACACGUUGCGCUAUAUACAGAUAUACACACUCAGAUCAGGAUCCCCUGAUUUGCAGUCAGUGAGCAAUAUACAGCAAUAUACUCACGGCGUAGGCAACAGACACAGUAAAAAACACACACAAGCAAGAGAUAUCGGCAAGAGUUCAUGGCAAUAGAGUAAGCAUUUCCUGCUUUCUUUUAUACCCAUUUGUUGUCCCAUCAUCAGCUAGGGAUAAAUAAAUGAUGCAACUGUUUGUCAUGAAUGUCACGUGGUCAUGACACAGCUUUUCAGUAUGUCCCUUAGAUAAUACAUCACUACCUAUUUAAUCAUUCUACAGGUGUGUGACCACGUGUCCAUCAGAACUGUAUUUUCCACAGUCAAAUCCCUGCCAAUACAUUUCUAGCUAACCACACAUUUUCUAUCUAAACCUGGGAUGAAUCACAUGCUCUCAGUCCCAGAAAACCCAUGAUAGCUUUAUGGUCAUCUUAAAUUGGGAAUGGUUUGAAGGCACACACCGACAACAAACCUUUCUUCAACCUGGGAAAUUCUAUAAGGAAGAGAACUCGCACAGAUGACAGAUUGGGAGAAGGCAGAAUUGAAUGAUAGGAUAUGUCUCCCAUUAUGUUGCAAAUUCUCAGAUAAGAACACUGUUGCUUUGUUUGUUCAAGUGACAUUAUUUGUGCAGAAGAGGGAGGUACUCUGUCAGUGUGGGGAAAGAUUUUCAGAAGUUUAAAAAAAUGUAUAGGAAACAGGAACACGGCAAGAACUAGAUAUGAUCAGUUGGGGCGGUAUCUGUACUGCUUUUGGGGGUGAAAAAGUGGAAUGAAAAGAGUGGAACUAUCUUGGUACCAGGAGCACUUUGUGUAGGAGAAUUUUGUUGCAACCUUUAGUGUUUAUGCCUUCAAAAUUACAGUGUGACCCAUAUAUCUGUGUGGGAUAUCUUCCAGGACUCUGUGUGGAUGCUCUUUGAAGUAGAUUACACUGGUUGAAAUUUAAAGGAAUGGGACUCCCAGUAUGUUGAAGUAAAAUUCCAGUAGCUAUGUGUUGUCGAAGGACAGAGGAGCACCAAGGACAGCUAAUGACUCUGAACAAAGGAUGCCCUCCAGGCAAGAGACAAACCUUUCCAAUGCUAAUUAGGGUGAUUAAUUGCAACAUUAACGCUGGCUUCCAGCUGACAAAGGACUCUUAUCACACCCUGGACUCUCCACAGAUAUAUAUUUACCUUCCUUGCCUAGUUUCUCCAUGCCUCACAACCUCUGAGGAUGCCUGCCAUAGAUGUGGCUGAAACGUCAGGAGAGAAUACUUCUGGAACAUGGCCACACAGCCCGAAAGACAUACAACAUUCCAGUAGCUCUUUGUACUUCCCCUGGAGUAGCAGAAAUCAAAUAAAUUGUGACAGGAAACCAAGAGUUAGACAACUUUAAUUGGCUUUUAUAAAAAUGCAGUCAAUCAGUAUAUGUUUGUUAUUACUCGAAGCCAAUGUUUAUUAAUGAGAGGCUAUCUUUAAUCAGUAGGUGAUGAUCUAAAGGCAAUUUAAUUUCGCAGGGGGAUGGGGAAAAAGGGGGUUAUCUGCCCUGUCCAAUGAAUACAGUUUAAUACCAUUUUAACUGCCAUAGAUCAAUGCUGUGAGAUUUAGGAUUUGUAGUUUGAUGAGUCACCAGAUUUCCUUGUCAUAAAAGGCUAAAAGCAGUGGUUCUGAACUUGUGGGUCCCCAGGUGUUUUGGCCUACCAGUUUAUCAGCUGUUAUGAUUUCUGGGAGCUGAAGGCCAAAACAUCUGGGGACCCACAGGUUGAGAACCACUGGGCUAAAGAUUGUGUAAAACUACAACUCUCAGGAUUCCAUAGCAUUGAGGAGUUGCAGUUAAAGUGGUUAUCAGACUGCAUUCAUUUUACAGUGCCAAUCCACCCCUGAUUUUGGCUCUGGUGCAAUAUUGUUAAUGGAAUUAAAGGGAACUCAUUAAAAGCUUUCUUUCUGAUGA